AUGUCUUUGCUUCUAAACCUCUUCUUUUUGUGUUUCUUCUUCUCCUCCUUCUUCGCUUCUAAACCUCUUCUUUCUUUUUUCUUUCUUUCUUUAAUUAUGUCUUUCUUUCUUUCUUUAACUGUGAUUAUUUUUCCUUUCUGUAUGUCUUUCUGUCUUUCUUUAAUUGGGAUUAAUAUUUAUUUCUUUAAUUUUGAUAUAUUCUUUCUUUUUUUCUUCAUGUCUUUCUUUCUUAAUUGGAAUUUAGCCUUACUUUUUUAUGGCUUUCUUUCUUUAAUUGAGAUUUAUUCUUUCAUUUUUUUCCUUCUUACUUCCUUGUUUUCAUUUUAUUUUUACUUCUUUCGUUAUUUUCUUUCUUUCUUUUUAUUUAAAUUUUAUAUUUCAUCUGAUUUUAUUAUUUUCUUUGUUGUUUUAAAAUUAACAUUUCUUUCUCAUGUGAAUUCAUUUUCCUUUCUUUCUUUCUUUAUUCUUCCUGAUCAUUUCUUUAUUUUUGGACUGACAUUAUAUUUCGUUCUUUUUUUUUACUUUAUCGUAUCUUUCUUUCUUUCUUUCUUUCUUUCUUUCUUCUUGCUUCUUUUUCAUUCGUUCGUCUGCACUUCUCUUUCUUUCUUUCUUUCUAAUACACCAAGUAACCUAUUCUUUCUUUCUUUCUUUCUUUCUUUCUUUCUUACUUUUUAUUUUUUCUUUGUUUCAUUUUAUUUUCCUCCAUUUUUUUUCUAUCUUUUGGAUUAUUUUCCAUUAAUUCUUUCCCUUCUUUUUUACUUUAGCUUUUGUUCAUUCUUUAUUUCUUUUUAUUUCUUUUCAAAUUAUUUUUCUUUCCUUCUUUCUUCCUUGUUUUCAGUUUCUUUGAGUUAUGUUCCAUCUUUUUUAUAUUAUUCUUUCCUUCGUUAUAUUCUUUCUUUCUUGUUUGUUUUUAUUUCUCUUUUCUCUUUUUCACUUUCUUUCUUUCUUUCUUUCUUUCUUUCUUUCUUUCUUUCUUUCUUUCUUUCUUAUCACUUCUUUUUUUGCCUGACAUUCUAUAACGUUCUUUUUGUUACUUUUUCUUUCUUUUUUCUUUCUUCUUUCUGA